AUGUCAGCCAACGACGGCUUCGGAUUGCCGUCGGCGUCGGCCUCGACGUUGGCGACGGCAGUCGCCCUCGGCAACUCUCUCAAAAACCACGACCACAGCGGGAGUAGCAGCAGCAGCAGCAACAGCAGCAGCAGCAGUAGCAACAGCAAUAGCAACAGCAGCAGUAGUCAAAACCACAGCAAGAGCGGUCACGACGAGAGGAGACCCUCCGCACUCGCCACCGCAGUAGCCCAACUCCCCGCUCGGCGACCGCGGCACCAGGUCACGCGCUCCAUCACCGAGUUCUCGCCGCCGCUCAGGAUGCAUCGACACCGGCACAGCCAUCACCACCACCCGACGCAGCACGCGCUGCACCUCAACGCGCAGAGCCGCCGGGACAGGGACAGGUUGCUGCUGCUGGACGAGAGGGCCCCGGGCCCCGGCGCAGGCGGGCGGAGCUCGCUUGACAUGCCGAGGUCGGAGCAUGUGACGCCCAGCAGGACCCCGGAUUCGAGCCGGAGGACCAGCGCGCUCGUAGGGCCGAUGAUUGGAGGCGGGGAGAACCCAGCCCUGACCGCGUCGCCCAGGAGGACGAGAAAGGUCGACAAGGCAGCCGUGCUAUUGGAGGAGAAGAACCGGACGGCAAGCCGGGUCACGGGCCUGAAGAACUCACUGGUCGAGCUCAGCGGUUUCUCGACGGCAACGACGCGGCGGCUCGACGAAACAUACUACUCAGUGCUGGAGAAGAAGAGCAUGCUGCAGAGCACCGUCGCAGCGAUUCAGGAGCUGGCGGUGGCCUCGCGGCAGCUGACGGGCGAGUUCGAGGAGCAGGCUGAGCAGAUGGCGCGCGACGUGGCGGCGCAGCUCGACCAGUUUGGGCAGUUCGGCGAGCAGGAGGCGCGGAUCGCGUCUCUGCAGGGCCGUGUCGAGACGGGGCGGGCGCGGAUCCAGGGGCUGAGCGGACGCGUCGACGCCGUGAGGCGGCGCAUCGAGGGAUGGGAGAACGCAGAUCGCGAGUGGCAGGAGAAGACGCGCAAGAGGCUGCGAACUAUAUGGAUCGUCAUGUCGGUCGUGUUCGCCGUGCUCAUCGUGCUGUUCGUCGGGGCGCACUACCUCGGCGGUGACAGCGGCGCCGAGAUCGGGGGCGGGACGGGCCUCAAGGGGCUCGAGAGGGGGGUCAACAGGAGCGCCGGGGCAGGGGGAGGACCUCUGCCGCCGCUGUGGGAGGACCGGAACGAGAGGGAGGAGGAGGACCGGCUGAGGGUGUUUGACGAGCUGUGA